AUGGAGGGCGCCUCGGUGCUCAGCCCGUCCUCGUGGGAGAAACGGCGCGCCUGGGUCAGGCAGAGCCGCUGCUGGCGGACCACGGUGGUCGAGGAGGAGGCGGCCGCUGCCAUGCAGGACGUCCCCGAGCUGCAGCCCCCCCACCUGGACGACGUCUUCCUUGAAGGAAGCUCCUCCAGCAAGAUAGAGACGUGGCUGCAGCACUGCGGGUCAUCCGUGGAGGUGCUGCCGGAGGAGCUGGGCUUGCUGGGACCCUACGGCUGCGGGAGCAGCGGCGCCAGCUUCGAGGACGAUCUGACGCUGGGAGCUGAAGCUCUUCUGCUACCGGGGAAUGACAAAGCCACCGGCAGGGCUCUGCGGGGCAAGCAGCUCAACCUGGGGCACAGCAUGGCAUCCAGCGCCCUCUCCAGCGUCACCAACAAGACCAGCUCCAGCAUCUCCGAGGUGCUGGAGUGGUGGCAGGCGGACGCCGAGGAAAUCCUCUACAACCUGGGCUUCGUGCAGAGCGAGCCGGGCGCCGUGGCUCGCAUCCCCGCGCGCUUCUUCUCGGCGCCCUCGCAGGCCAAGGGCAUCGACUUCCAGCUCUUCCUGAAGGCCCAGGUGCGGCGCAUGGAGAUGGAGGACCCCUGCCUGAUGCUGGCCAGUCGCUUCCAGCAGGUCCAAGCUCUGGCCGCCACGGCCGACGCGUUCUUCUGCCUCUACUCCUACGUCUCCAAGACCCCCGUGCAGCGCAUCUCCCCCUUGCGCCUCGCCUGGGCCGACCCCGACGUCCCCGAUAUCCGCGUCUCCCCCGCCCAGCCCGCCGUCCUCUCGCCCGGGGACCGCCUGAAGAAGGCCGUGGCCAAAAUGUGCCUGUACACGGCCCCCCGCACCGGGGACAGCCCGCGGGGGGCCGGCGCCCUGGGCAGGGUGGUGCAGGAGGUGCUGGAGCGGGCCAGGGAGGAGAGGUUUCGCUUCGACCCCCCCGAUGGCGAGGGUGGGGAAAGGGACAUUGGUGAGGUGCCGAGCGCCGGUGAGGACGACGGCGAUGCCCACGAGGAAGCCGGCUGCUUCUUCCCUCCCUCCCUGCGGGUCCGGAGAAGCUUGAUGCUGCAGGGGGGCAGCGGCCACUCCGACAGCAGCGGCUUCGUGGAGGAGCCGCUGCCCGAGCAGAUGCCUGGUAAAAAACAAAAUGCUCCCAGUUACUGGGGGAUACUGGAGCGUACUGGGAGGGUGCCGACCGACGUGACGCCUUCCGCGGGCACCGAUGCCGAGGGAAGGGACCGGGCUUCCGAAGGAGCGCUGGUGGACGCCACCGACCUGCUGGAGCGCCUCCUCAGGUCCCUGGGGGACACCCUGGCGGGGGCGGUGCGGCUGAUUUUUGGGGGCAAAAAGGCAGCCCGGAAAAUCGCCCUUGGCCGGCUCCAGGUGCCCGCAGAGGGGCCCGGGCUCCUCUUCCCCGGGGCUGCUUUCCUCCGAGCCGCGCAGGACCGGGAGAUCUUCACGCCUGGCCGCUGA